AUGUCUACACCACCGGGGGACCCUUAUCGAGGCUUCAUGGUUAACUACGCUCCUCAUGAAGGUGGUAAAGAUGCGAACCGGGAGGAUGUCAUUCCCAACGGCACAACACAUUUGCUCCAAGAUAGGUCUACUGAAAUUCACUACCACUGUGUUACAGUACAGCCAACCUUUGGGUCCCCAUCAACUUUUAUCACGGACAACUCGCCCCAACGCCAGCCGGGGUCGCACUACAACGCACACGGCUAUAGACUCUCCCCAAUCCAGGGUAGCAGAAAACGACAACGUACUGACAAUGGGCCCGAGGUCAGUGAAGACACCGACCAUUAUCAUGGGUAUCGAUCUAUCUUGCUCAAUCUGCCCUUGGGUGACCCAUCGGUUCCAGCAGGUGAAUCGACUGAUCUGACGUACGCUGAUCAUGUCGGCCCUUCGUCUUCCCACCAGCCAUCGAACUAUGACUACCUCCAGACUGCUCUCCCGCAACAGCAUCACCACCACCGGCUACCAUCUCAAGCAUUGAUUGGUAUAACCUCCGCUGGUCAGGAAUCCGAGCCAUACCAGCCGCAAAUCGACCUUAGCUUCAUGGACCUUCCAGGAGUACCGACGCCUUGCCCUUUGCCAAAAGCACCAAAGACUAGAUUCGGUCGCAAGGAAGAUGAGAUGUUAAUAACCCUGAAGGAGCACUGGAAGUUUUCCUGGAGGCAGAUUGAGUGCUUUUUUCCAGGACGAAAACAACAAACAUUGCAAGUUCGCUACUGUACCAAGUUGAAGGAAAGAGAGGUGGUUUGGGAUGAUGCUUUGGAUGAGAAACUGAAAAAGGCGCUGGAGGACUAUGAGGACAACAAAUGGGCACACAUUUCACGGAAGCUUGGGCCUGCCUCCGCCCUUGCAAGGCGCUCGCCUGCCCGCGCUUUUACCCUCGCCCAGCGCCCGUUCUCUUCCUCCAUCGUUCGCUCCAAUGAGAAGAAGUGGGCUCCUAAGCAAGAGGGCAAGAUCCUGUCCUUCGAUGAUAUCAAGACUGAGGAGGACCUCUUCGCUCCGGGUGCCAAGCCCGGUACCACUCCCACCGAUUUCGAACAGGCCACCGGUCUCGAGCGUCUGGAACUCAUCGGAAAGAUGCAGGGCAUUGACGUCUUCGACAUGCGUCCCCUCGAUGCCUCCCGCAAGGGCACACUCGAAAACCCUAUCAUCGUUAACGGUGCCGGUGAUGAGCAGUACGCCGGUUGCACCGGUUUCCCCGCAGACUCCCACCAGGUCAACUGGCUGACUGUCUCCCGCGAUCGCCCCAUCGAGCGCUGCCUCGAGUGCGGCAACGUGGUCAAGCUGAACUACGUCGGACCCGAGGACUCCCACUCCCAGGACCAUGACGGCGGUCACCACCCCCCUCCUCAAGACGAGCCCAAGACCUUCGCCGACUAUGUCAAGCCCGAAUACUGGUACCGGUAA